GGUUCACUUUUUAUUCCUCGAUACUUUUUUUUUCAGGAUUACAUUCUAACCAUGGAACAACGGAUUCAAAAGUUUCACGAUGAUACCAAAGCGAUACCCACACCACCAACAGCGAAAACUCUGAAACAAAUGCAAACAUUAAAAAAAUUCAUUUAUAAAAAUCAGGAUUAUCGGUUUUCUGACAAAGAGAAAAAUAAACUGUUUGCCUGUAUUGAAUCUUACUUUUCUGUAUUCGAUCGUGCAACAUCCAAGACCGAUUCAACUGUUUCUGCCUUUCCACUUAUUGAAGAUGCAUUAAAAGUCCCUUGUUUUACAACCAAACAGAAAAGUCAGCUUCUGAAAUGGUACGAUGAAAUCCUUGCAAAACAAGAAGGUGAUGAAAAUAAUGACAAGACGCAAGACAAAAAGAAUAAUAGUGACUCAGAGAACUACGAUGAUUUUGAUUGGGAUGCUUUUGAAAACGACAGGGAUGAUUGAACGUUAUAAGCUUUUUGGAUGGAUUGGAAAAUUGGACAAGACUGUUACACUGUAUAGUUUAGAUUAUUAGAUAUAUAGAAAUAAUAAAAAUAUUUUUUUUAAAUAUAAUUUAUUAAACAAUAGAUGUAGAUAGUACGAAAAUAG